AUGAGGCCCGCGGAGCUUCAUCAAGCAGCCCUGGCCUUGAAGAGUCAAACCACAAGCAAAAUCAAAACCAACGAACGCCAUUGUUUGGCUGUGACAGAGGUUGACGAGCUGACAUCUUUGGUGGCCGAUGCUGAAACCGGCAUUGCCCGUCAAGAUUUGGACCAGGCCCUUGUUUUUGAACAACAUUUUGCACAAUUCAGUGCCUGGCCUUUGACACAGGCUGUGUGCCAGGAAUUGCUGCUGAAACUGGCGGCUUCUGGGGCAGGAACCCAAAUUUGGCCCCUUGCCGUGAUUGCCGCCCAGUGCGCCAAAGGCUUGCCGGCCCAGGCCGAAAGUACUCUCGAGGUCCAUGCCAAAGAGCUGGCAGUGGACGGGCAGCGACCAUCCAGCGCUCCCUACGGUGCAUUGGUGCAGGCAUAUGCAAAGCAGGGCGACCUUGAAAAGGUGCAGGAACAUCUUAGCGCCAUGAAGAGUUUGGGACUCUCCAUCGACAUGCCUAGCUAUGCCGCGGCCAUCGAAGCCUGGGCCAAGAGGGGCGGAUGCGAUGCCGCUCGGAGGAUCCUGGAUGAGGCGGUGGCUUCAGGUCUACACCCCAGCCGCGGGACCUUCACGGCGGCGGUCAGUGCCUAUACCAAGGAGAUCGGGCAGCGCGUGGAUGGAAGCGAUCAUGACAGCCAUGCGCGCCGCCAGCGUCGCAGCCUUGCAGACACCUGGGCAUGGCUCCUGGUGGCCAGUACCUCCUCCACGAGCCGAACGCGUCGGAAGAACAGCUUCACCAGCCCGGAGGCCAUCUUCAAGCAGAUGCUGGCCAGCGGUGUGGCCCCGAACGCCUUCGUGCUGCGCGCGCUGGGGAGGGCCGUCGGCCUCGAGAGGCGGGAAGAGCUCUGCAAGGAGUUCCACCUGGACCUUUCCGGGGUUCCCAAUCGACGCGUCAGGAGUGCAUGCCCUUGGAUGGGAGGUCAUGGGUGCAUGGCCGAGGACUGGGAGAAGGCCUCAGAGCCUGUGAGCCGUGAGGUUGCUCUACGAAGUGCUGGAGGCCCCCGGCCGGUGACCGGCGUGGCCGGCGUGGCCGCCGGCACCAGUCCGGCGAGAGAGCUGGUGAAAUUCCGUUCGGACAUGCCUUUUCUGUCUCCCUGGCUGGGUCAGAACGAGAGCGGCCCACCCACCCAGUCGGCCGUGCAGGUCGCCUUUCCCUUCUGGGCCUUGGGUGACGUUGCGCCACUGCUUCGUGGAAGUCAGUGCACCGGCACCGCCACAUUGCCCAGCACACCGGCCUGCUAUGGGGGCACUGUUUUGACCAGCUCCUUUUCGGUGAAGGUCGUCAGCGUGGACGGCGACGUGGGCGUCGUGGACCUGAAGGCCACGGGCGAGGCCUCCGCGGAGUGCGAUGGCGCCCACUUCUCAGCCGACGCCUCGGGCGGCAUCACCGUGGAUGGCGAGGGCUGUGGGCUGAGCGCCUACGACUACAGCGUGCAGUACUGCUCUGACCAGGAUAAGCUCAUCGUUCACCUGCAGAAGCCCACCGAGAUCUCUGUGGUCCUGCCCAGUCAGCCCUGCCCUGGAGAGGCGAAGCGAGCACCGCCCGCUCCAGGCUUGGAGGAGUGUUUGAAGAGCACCGCCCACCGAGUCAUAGGGACUGACGCCGUGUUUCUGAAGCGGCGGCGUUGGCCAGUCAGGCAGCAAGUGCCGGUGGAGUUGGUCUCUGCGCAGCCGCUGCCCAAGCGGCCGGUCACCAGCCGCAUCGGUGCCGUCCCCAAGACGACGUGGCGUUUCCGCCGGAGCGGUGGAAAGGGGUGGGUGCUCGGUGUGUUUGUUCCGGAAGGUAAAGCCUUCGGGCGCCCGUCCAAGCGAAGGUUUCGCGCCAUGUUCGGCAGCCUGGCACAUGUGGCGGAGAAGGCUUGGAAGCUCACGGAAACCCUUCUCUUUCACAGUGGAAGUGGGUUCCUCUGGCCGGAAGAGGAUUUGAAGCAGAAGCUCGACAGCUUGGUCUCCGUGUGCCGCACGGACUUCAAGGCUCACGGACUUCAAGCGCCCGCGCGGAGCCGGUCCAGUCACCACGAGGGCGCUCACCGCCCAGAGGCUCACCCCAGAAGCACGCGCUUCUUCUUGCGCGAGCUCUGGGAUCUAUGCCAGCUGCCGGAGGGCCCGAGAACGACGGGAACGGCCUCUGCCUUUCAAUUUUCGGUCUCCGCAGGGCCGGGGCUCCUUCACUGGGAUCAGGCUCCGGAAACCGACGCAGCGCCCCAGCUGCUCUUGGGCCCGGUGAGGCGAAAGCUGGCGGGCGCUUUGUCCCAAUUUGUGCUGCACAUUCCCAACUUCCUCCCGGCGGAUUUGGCGCCCUCCAGUGCCGAGCUGCCGGGGACCCUGCAGUCUGAGGACUCCUUCUUGACCAUGACAGUCCGGGACCUCACUGCCAAGCCAUUGGGUGAUGGAGACUCGCGGCUUAGGACUUGGGGUCGCUUGGUCUACGGUGACCACACCUUCUACGUGAUGUUGGCGCUGGGGGCCAUCCCAUGGGAGUUCAAGUUCAACAGGGCUCAUUACCGCCUUUGCAACUGUUGUCUGGUGCCAACGGGAGGAAUCAGGUGGGGCACGGCCCGUGUGAGUGCGUCGCGAGAUUUGUCAGCUUUCCUCACAGGGGUGGAACGGUUCUUUGCCAUUUUUUGGGGUUCCGCUGACGAGAGCUCUGAAUUCAUGACCUCACGAACGCUGGUGGCCCAGCAGUUCCGAACGAGCUGGCCCGAAGUCAACUGCUUCGAGGCACCGGCCGCCCUGCGGGAGCUCUUUCAUCGCCAGGAGAACGCGGGAGGGGCAGACGCCAUCCUGAACGUGCACAGCCUUGUCAAGGCCUCAAAGGCCUCGCCCCGGCUGUUGGAAACCUUGAACUGGCACGUGACCACCGUUUACGAUGUUCACGUGGGCACUCCCUUCAACUUUAUCUAUGAUGUGUUACAAUUCUCCUCAGGUCGAGACAAAUUUUGCGCCUUGAUGCAGGGUUACGCCAAGUUUGCGAGUGAGGUCCUUGCAGCACCUGACAGUGAACGCCACUGGAUGUACCGGGGAAUCGAGGACAGCUUGAGUGAAGGGCGCAAGAUCUUCAGGCUGUUCAAAGAGUUCAGAGAAGUCUACAAGGUGCGUCGCGGCUGGAGCCGCUUCAGCUUGGGUGCCGACGAGGACGGCACUUGUUCGAUCGCUGCCACCUGUGGGGUGCUCGACAUGCUUGGUCACACCUGCUCCUUUUUCUACUACCUGGGUGACAACCUCCUGUGGGCCGCCUCCGUGGGGCUGGUCCGCUCCAAGGAGGUGCCGAAGAUGCAGAUGAGGAUGUGGAAGGGAUUCCGCAAGAACGGCGCGGUGUUGAAUGCACUUGGCGGAGUGAGCAAUGUGAAGCGCAAACGCAAUUGGGCAUCGAUUUGGCGGCUGCACUUUGCCAUUUGCCGGGGGGGCCCGGGACCUCCUCUCUCCCGUGCGCCGGCGCUGGCGAGCGAGCUGCGAGCUUUGGAGAGCGAGCGGGCCGACAUCGGAGAACAUGACGGGAAAGACCCCCAGCACAGUGCCAACAUCCUUCUCUUCUACAAAGCCAUGUGCCGACUGGGAUUGAAACGCCGCCUGGUAGCAUGGUGGCGCCAUGGCAUGGCCAGAGGUUUGCAGGGGCCAGAUGCGGAUGCACGACUCUUCCAUACCUUGGAGAUCAUCGGCAUGUUGGCCAGUUACCGGGUGCUGCUCAGUAAGCUCAACAUCAUGAAAGCCUCACAUGCCAGGCUGGGCCUUCUGGCCAUGCUGGCGGCGGCCUGUGGCAUUUGGAGCAAUUGGAGGAAGGUGCGCAGAAAGAACUGCGGGACCAAAAGCUUUGUGGCAAGCAUCGGGAAGAAGGCCACCUUGACGAAUCUUUGCAAGAAAAGGAAAAUUAUCGGCAAUGGCAUCCCACCCAUUGCGCAAAGUGGGCAAAUCUUGCCAGCUGGCGGCCCUUUGGGCCCCGCGGUGGCUCCAAACCGCACUCGGGAGCCUCGUCCAAUGGCGGCGUCCCCUUCGUGGCGCCUCACCCGCGCCGACAGCGAUGUGGAGCAUUUGCCGCAGUGGUGGACCUGGCGGAAGCUGACGAAGCCAUCGCAGAUCGUCCGUGGCGGCAUCCAGUGCAGGCGCGAGCACCAGAGGAAGUUCUGGAUGUUCUUAGAAGCUGUCGAGGAGGAUCCUCAGGGAGUCCCGGCGCUGAACAUGGGAUUUGGCGCUCGCCCUCCCUUGCGAUUCGAGGAUUUCCUGGGACGGCUUCGAGCCCAUGAGUUGGCAGUGCAGCGUGCAGCGAAGGGCUCGGGCCGCUCGGGUGGUUUUCCAACCUUCUCCGCCCCUUUCUUUCCAUCCCUCGUUGACCCUCGACUGAUUCAUCGCGUCGCGUUCGCGUUGGAAGCCCACACGGAGUUCGAAGAACGCCGAGCCCAGGAGCCGCGGUGCGCGAAUGCCGAUGCUAUGCAGUGA